CUGGAUACAACAUUUCCUGCGGUCGUUCUAUUCGCAAAGAACUGGUUUUGAGGCAGUGAAGCUCUGUUUCCAUUUUCUAUCUCUUUCCCAUCACUUUCCUGGAAAAUUUUCCACCCAAAAACGCGUUGAUCAAGAAAAACUUUGAAUUCUAGCAUAGUAUUUGCUGUCUUAUGUCAAGUCUCAGUCUUCGCUAGUAAGUCAAUAGACCAAGUAACUCUUCUUAUUAAAUAAUUGUAACUUUCAUGACAUUUUUAUAUCAUUCACCAAUCCAUUUCCAUUUCAUUGCUCUUUUAUAUCAUUCACCAAUCCAUUUCCAUUUCCAUUUCCAUUUAAUUAGGUUUAGAAUUUGGGUAUGAAUUAUUUGAUGAAACCUCUCUUUUUGCUUUGUUUUGAGAUAAGAAAUUGAUUUCUUCCUCAUAGGUUUGUGAAACUAGGGUUUGUUUGGGUUUUUUGAUUGAAUUACUAGCAAGAUGACUAGCCUAUUGCUGAAAAUUUUGCCUAGUUUUCCUUCGAAAAAUCGCGACGGUGGAGAUGAUUAUAGUGUUGAGUACUCUUUUGCUAUGGAGUACAGUGGUCCUCCAGUUGGCUAUGAUAUUCCACAGGCAGUUCCAAUCGAUAUUGAUCGAAUCCCGACUGCUUCGGUGGUUUCCAAAGCUUCUAUGGUGAGUAAUUUGUCACUUCCAGUUAUUCAACCAUUUGCAAAGACUAAUCCUUCAAGCAAGAAAUUGUCAAUGGGUUUCAAAUUGGACUAUAAAGCGGUUUUGCCCCCAAAUUCAGCGUCCAAUUCGAGUGAAUUUGUUGGUUCGGGCACGGAGGGGCAUUGUAGUAUUUCAUGUAAAUCAAUGAAUUUGAUAGAUAGCUCAGGUGCAUUAGGUUCAAUGGGUGUUGAUGAAAGUAUACCCAAGGUAUCCGAUGGAAUUGAAAGUUCCGGAUCACUAGGGUUUUCUGAUAGCCGUGAUGAUUCACAAGAAUUAUCAGGAAGCUCAGAAGUUGAGGAUUUAAAGGAUGAUGGCAAUUCAAACGAAGGGGGAUUAAGAUCACCGGCUAUUUGCCCUGAGAUUUCCUCUAGUGGCGGUGAGGCUUUCAUUGAUGAAUCAUCCCACCAUGUCAAUGAGAUGUCAACCAUGACUUCUUGUGAUCAGGAAUCAAGUGAUAUAGUUCAUGUAAGAACUUAUCAUGAUGAUCCACAGAUUUUCCAAGGAAGGCUAAAGACUAAAUCUAAUGUCAAGAAAGGUUUAUGUCAUCGAUGCCUCAAGAGAAAUCGUUUCACUGAUAAGGUGGUCUGCAUUGCUUGCGGUGCUAGAUAUUGUGGUAAUUGCGUGCUCAGGGCAAUGGGAUCAAUGCCUGAAGGAAGAAAAUGUAUUACUUGUAUUGGUUCUCCUAUCGACGAGUCAAGGCGGGGGACCCUGGGAAAAUGUUCCCGGGUGCUUAGGCAAUUGCUCACUGAUUUGGAAGUUAAACAGAUUAUGUGGUCUGAGAUAUCAUGUGAAGCAAAUCAGCUACCAUCUGAGGUUGUAUAUGUGAAUGGUAAGCCUCUUAGUCAAGAAGAGUUGGUUAAGUUGCAAACCUGUCCAUACCCACCAAAAAAGCUAAAACCAGGAAAGUAUUGGUAUGAUAAGGUAUCUGGAUUUUGGGGAAAGGAAGGCCAGAAGCCCUGCCAGAUUAUUAGCGAUCAACUGGAAGUUGGAGAUUCCAUUAAGCGAAAUGCUAGCAAUGGAAACACAAAUAUAUUGAUAAACAAUCGGGAAAUUACAAAAGCAGAGCUCCGGAUGCUGCGGUGGGCUGGAAUCUUGUGUGAAGGAAACCUUCACUUAUGGUUAAGUAAAGAUGGUUCCUACCAGGAAGAGGGACAGAAUAAUGUGACGGGGAGAACAAAAUUAUGGGACAAGACUAGAAGCAAGCUAGUUUGUGCCCUCUUGUCUUUGCCAAUUCCUCCUGAGCAUGCGAAUUCUUCUGGGAAAGAAGUUGUCAAUCUUGGCAAUGGAGUUGUACCGAAUUACCUUGCACAGAAAACACUAAACAAAUUUCUUCUAGUUGGUUAUGAUAAAUCGGGGACAAGUACUAUAUUCAAACAGGCUAGGAUGGUGUAUAAUGUCCCUUUCUCUGAAGAUGAUCGUCAAAAUAUUAAACUCAUGAUCCAGAGCAGUUUGUAUGGUUAUCUUGGAAUACUUCUUGAGGGGCGUGAACGAUUUGAGGAAGAAUGUUUAAUUGAAAUGAGGAAAAAGCGCAGUGAUCAACCUGGUCCUUCAAGGAGUGGUGGCCAGAUUGAUGAAAAAAAUAUCUAUUCCAUCAGCCCAAGACUGAAAGCAUUCUCUGAUUGGCUUCUCCAAGUGAUGAUAUCAGGCAAUUUGGAAGUUAUUUUUCCAGCUGCUUCUCGGGAAUACGCACCUUUUGUUGAGGAGUUGUGGAAGGAUAGAGCUUUUCAAGCCACAGUCAAUCGGAAGAAUGAACUACGUAUGCUACCCAGGGUCGCUACUUAUUUCUUAGAUCGGGCUGUUGAGAUUUCAAGGACAGACUAUGAGCCCUCUGAUACGGAUAUCUUGUAUGCGGAGGGUAUCACUCCAUCCAAUGGCCUGGCUUCGAUGGAGUUUUCAUUUCCAAAGCCAACACAGAAUAGCUUCAUGGACCCUGCUGAUCAGAAUGAUCCAUUGCAGAGCAGGUUCCAACUCAUUAGGGUACAUGCAAGCAGUCUUGGAGAAAACUGCAAGUGGCUGGAGAUGUUUGAAGAUAUCGACCUUGUCCUGUACUGUGUUGCCUUGACUGACUACGAUCAAUUCUUGGAUGAUGAUGUUAAUGGAGUCUCAACCAACAAAAUGUUAGUAAGCAAGAAACUCUUUGAAAACAUUGUCACUCAUCCGACCUUUCAUCAGAAGGACUUCCUUCUGAUACUCAACAAGUUUGACCUGUUUGAGGAGAAGAUCGAACAGGUUCCUCUCUCUGAAUGUGAAUGGUUUCAGGACUUCAACCCGGUGAUUAGCAUUCAUCACAACAGAAGCACCAGUAAUAACUAUAAUAACCCUUCAUUGGCUCAACGUGCUUUCCACUAUAUCGCAGUGAAAUAUAAAAGACUUUUCGAUUCCCUCACUGGAGGACGCAAGUUGUACGUUUCAUUGGUUACUGGAUUGGAGCCGGAUAGUGUUGAUGAAACUCUUAGAUUUGCGAGGGAGAUUCUGAAGUGGGAUGAGGAGAAACCCACCGUUGCACAGGAUUGGUCUUCUGGUAGCAUCGAGGCAAGUACCACUUCGUAACUUCCCCCAAAAAAAUGGCAACUAAGUUUUUAAAAUUUUUUUUUUUUUUGCCAAAGUCAGUGCAGAUGUACAUUAGAAACACAGAAGGAAAUAAGAAGCGAUGUUUUAGAUUUUGUAAGAAACGAAAUGUAGAGCUUUUUCAAGAGAUGUAAGGAUGGUUUAUAUAAGAGACUUAAAAGAGAAUUCUUUGAUGCAACCCAUA